CUUGGGCCGAUUGGAUAUAAAAAAACGUUAUGGCCCAAACUUUGUAGAUGUCCGGCAAUUUAGGAACGGGAUGAAGUUGCUGCCAUCUGUAAACUGUGUCAUCCGUUUUUGACCCCAAAGAAGUAGGAAAAACGACUAAAAGCUGCUAAACCCUAAAUCUGAUUUCGAUUUCGGCAUUUGGCAAGGACAUGGAUCGAAAAACUGGAGUCGAUGCUCUAUCUCCAACAAGAAACAAGGUAUAUGAUUUCUUGAGCAAAACAUACGCAAUGGUGGACGAUCCUUCGACGGAUUCAAUCAUCUCUUGGGGACCAAACGGCAACAGUUUCAUAGUUUGGAAUCCUGCAGAAUGUUGCAGAGACCUUUUCCCUCGACUCUUGGGGAUCACCGACUUUGCAAGAUUUGCAAGAUUUGACUUUACCAAAAUCGAGACCGGACCACAGUUGGAGUUUACAAGGGAAGGUUUCGUGAGAGGCGAACCAGAACGUUUGGUGCAGAUCGGGGAACGCUACGUGGCUGGCUUGAAGGCGUGCAGGGAUGUGUAUAACAAGAGAAGAGAAGAUCUGCUUGGAAACUGCAAGAACAGGCGGGAAAGGCGGUUAGUCUACAAGGAGAGAAGGGAGAGAUAUGAAAGAGAGAGAGGGGAGAGUAUGGAUAAAUAUUUCGCAGAAGCCAUGGAUAAACUCUUGAAGCGCAUAGCCAAGGAAAGGGAGACAAGGGAAGGAGGAGUUUUGUCCCAAGAUGUGGAGGAUCGAGUGGAGCGUCUUAAGGCUUUGUUCUGAAAUCGGGUUUGGUUUCAUUAUCCUGUUUGAUGUGUCUGUGAGCUUGUUGGAAUUUGUAUCUCUCAGUCACACUCUUGAUAUGUUAGCAAUGGCUUAGACAGUUAAUAAACACACAGAUGGAUUUGUGUUUUGGUAACAAGAGUUUCCAUAAAAGCUGCUAUGCUUUGGCUCUCGUUCUGACUCUGGCUUGCUUUACAAAUCUUCCGGCUAACGCAGAUGAACCGGCUUCGCUCUCUCCUUGGCCAUCAUCUAC